AUGGCAAGGUCAUUUGUUGUUGUUGCCCUUUUUGUAUCAGUUUUGUGCUUCUCCUCUGUCUUGGCUCGUAAAACACCAGAAAAAUUCAACAUUGAAGGCAAGAUUUAUUGUGAUCCUUGUCAGUUCGCAUUUGAGUCCAGAUUGAGUUUCCCUUUGGCAGGUGUGAAUGUGACUUUGAUAUGCAUCAAGGAAGAGAAUGAUACAGUGACAUAUGUAAAGAAUAGCACAACUGAUGCAAAUGGCAUGUACAACAUCCCUGCCCGUGGUGAUCAUGAGGAGGAGAUCUGUGUGGUGAUUGCAGACUCACCAAAUAAGGGACAAUGCAAAGAGGCAAUGCCAAACACGUCUGAUAGGAUCAUCCUCACCAAUAACAUGGGUGUUACCUCUUCGGUACGCUAUGUAAAUCCCCUUGGGUUCAUGACACAAACAAUUGAUUCACAAUGCAAUCUCGUUGUUAAGGAAUUGGGACUCGACACACUUGAUGACUAG